AUGCAUCUUUCAGUAGCAUUGAUGUUUUAUGGAGAGACAACUAAGCCAAAGUCUCUUAUCAUAUUCGGUAUCAUCAAGAACAUAGUUACUGGUUUUGCUGUACAGGUUUUGAAUAAAUCUGCUGCUGAAUUGCUAAAAGAUAAUGAAUCGAUCGAUGGAUAUUCAACAUUUCCAAAGGAGAUUAAAUCUUUGGUUGGGAAGUUGUUUGCUUAUAAGAUUCAAGUUACCCAUGAAAAUAUCGAAAAAUUUGAUGAAGUUUAUGAUACCACUGCGAUAAGCAGCGAUUAUUCUCUUAUUUCUCAUGUUAAAAAGAGCCUUUUGACUAAACAGGAGGAGAAUAUCGCAAAAGGUAAACGUAAUCUGUAUGAGCUGUACGACGUUGAUCCAGCAUUUCCGAGUUGUUCUACAAAGCGUCCUAUUAUCAGAACUCCUCUUUCAGAUAUCUCAAAUGAUUAUUUGGACCAUGGUGACCAAGUUCUUACAUGCCAAAUCUGUAGUGCAAAGUUAUGGACAUCAGAAGGUGGAAAAGGUCGAAUAACUAUGAAUAAGCUUUGUUAUGGUAUGUGUUGUGGGUAUGGUAAAGUUGAGCUACCGCCUUUAAAGGAUGCGCAUCCGUCUUAUCAAAAUUUUUUUUCUUCCACAAAUGAAAAAAGCAAGUUUUUCCAGAAGAAUAUUAGACGAUACAACUCUAUGUUCUCUUUUACAUCUAUGGGUGGAAAGUUUUGUCAGCUAUACAUAUAUGACACUGAAAAUGAAAUAACAAACAGACAGACAUUAUUCGGGAAAACAAGCAAAUCUUCGUCCUCUAAUGAUAAAGAGCUUGAUGUUGAAAUGAUACAGUAUUUGAGGAAUUUAUUAGAUUCAGAAAAUAUGUUGGUUAAGACAUAUAGGAUGGUCAGAGACCAUUUUCACGAAUCCCCAGAGGCUAACCUUAAACUCCGUCUUAUGUAUAAAAGAGAAAAAGAUGGCAGAAUAUAUAACUUACCAACCAGUCUUGAAAUUGCUGCUUUGGUUGUCGGAGACAUAGAUAAAGCUAUAGAUCAUCGUGAUAUUCUUGUGGAGACUCAGUCUGGAAUGCUCCAGCGUAUUAGUGAAUUACAUCCAUCAUAUCUUGCCUUGCAAUAUCCGUUGCUAUUCCCAUAUGGUGAUGAUGGAUAUAGAAUUGAUAUUCCCCAUAGAGAUCACUGUCACAAAAGAAAAUAA